CACCGCACCCCGCACAAAGACAGUCACGUUUUGAAUUUGUUCGACCAGAGCGCAGAGCGCCUACCAUAAUACCCUCAAACCGGCCAGUCGCAUAGUAUUUUUUUAACGAUUUCUUUCUUUUCUUUGUCUUUGUUCCUUUUUCAUUACGACUAAUGACUUCUCAGCCAAAGGCUGUCCCACUCGUUGCUCCAGGCCAUACCCGCCCAGUGACCCAUCUCUCGUUUUCUCCACUCCAGGCCGAUGGCACCUACUUGCUGGUAUCCAGCUGCAAGGACGGAAAUCCCAUGCUCAGAGAGUGGACCGGUGAUUGGAUCGGCACCUUCUUGGGUCACAAAGGUGCCGUGUGGAGCACCAAGCUUUCCCCUGACACAUCCAGGGCUGUAUCGGGCAGCGCUGACUUCACUGCAAAAGUCUGGGACACAUAUUCUGGAGAGGCACUCUGCUCUUUUCCUCAUAACCACAUCGUUCGAACCGUAGCAAUAUCUCCGACAUUGUCGCAUAUAGUUACUGGUGGCCAGGAAAAGAUAGUGCGCAUUUUCAACCUUGGUAGACCCGACGCAGAUCCCGACCUCCUCUGCGACACCGGGACGACGGCCCAUAACGGGACAGUGAAGAGUGUGGUUUGGAUCGGAGACCACACACCGGUAUCCGCAGGCGAAGAUGGUAUGCUAAAGUGGUGGGACAUACGGACCCGAAAGCAAGUUGCGUCUCUGAGUUUUCAGGGUCCCAUUGCUUCGAUGGAAUAUUCCGCUCCGACCAGUCGAUUGGUCGUUACCUCUGGAAAAUCUGUGGCUUUUAUACCCGCCCUGCCUACCGCGGCGCCGACUCACAGCUUGACACUAUCAUACCAGCCAUCUUCUGCUUCUCUUCAUCCCAUUCGGCAAGACCGGUUCGUCACGGGUAGCAUGAAUGAUGAAUGGGUUAGAAUACACAGUAUAGACGGGGAAGAGAGGGAUGUUCUCAAGGGACACCACGGUCCCGUCCAUUGUGUAGAGUUCAGCCCAGAUGGAGAGAUUUAUGCUAGUGGCAGCGAGGAUGGUACCAUCCGUUUAUGGCAAACGACCCCUGGCAAGACGUACGGUUUGUGGCAAGGGACGGCGAGUGGCAGUUAGGUGUACAAAUGGAGGAAAAAUGUGGAUAUGGUUGUGCCGAACCACUUUGUAUAUGCUUUUCUAUUCAACGGUACCUUUGUGUGAUCAGUACUAGCCAAAAACGUAUGAUUUGCUGGGUCAGACGGCCGCAUUGCGUCAUAGCCCGCUUGCCCCAGCGGGCGUCUUCACUUUCUGCGUUCGACGAUGAUUGGCCCGCAAAGACAUCGCCCGUCCUCUUCGCCACCGCCGACCAUCACCUACCAUCAUUCGUCGACGUUGCUACCCAUCC